CUUCAGGGGGACAGUUAACAUCCCAUAAAUGCCAAAUGCUUCAUGAAUUAAAUACAGAGAAAAUGCAAACUGAGAUUGCCAGUUGACGUCGCGAUGAUGCCGAGCCAAGCUCCAACAUGUCAGCGUUGCCCCCGCAGUAACUGAACUUCCACAGGAGGGGAGAGGAGAUGGCGUUUGUUUCGGUGGAGUUUGAAUUUGAGUACAAAACAAAGGAUGGUCAGCACAUCACCAUCAAACCUAACGAGUGUUACAUCCUCGUCUCAAAGACCAAUGAUAACUGGUGGCGUGUUUGCAAAGACCGAGACUCUAAACCCUUUUAUGUCCCUGUAGAGUACGUGAAGGAGGUCUCUGCGCCUCUUGGAGGUCCCUCUGGUCCUAAGAAGUCAGAAACAUCAAAGAGUCUGACUACAACUAAACCAGUGGAUGGGAUGAAGCAUAAAGCAGUGGAAAAGUCCAAGAAAACAGCACUUGACACAAAAAAAGUGACUCAUUCAUCUGUUCAAGAUGAUUCAAAAGAAACGUACCGCUUCUCUACGUUCGGUCUGUGGGUCAACAUGCCAAGUGAAGCUCUGAAAGACUCAUCAGCAGCCAGAAAUUGUGCACUCAGUUUGAAUGAUACAAAGAAACCUAAGACUCCUAACACAUCAGGCCGUGUGUCAAUUACUCCAGAACUGAUAGUGUCUGAAGACCAAGAACUAUAUGCCAAACCUCGGCCUGCAAAAAAACUGCAGAAGGCAAAAAACCCAAAGCAGGACAAAUCAACAGAGGAGCUACGUGCUUCUUUGGAUGAUAAAGAUGUGGAUUUACCCCCACCCAACACAUAUGACAUGGAUUUUCCCUCACCCCCGCCUCACUUCUAUGAUACAACUCCAGAAAUAAGCAUAACUGAUUGUGACUCUUUUCCUGAGCCCCCUGAACCCUUGGUAUACUCACCCGAAGAAUCAGCACCACAGCAUCAAAGUUCUGAUCAGACAACAGAAAAGGCCUGUAUUACAGAUGAGAAGGUGGAGGAUGAAAAUCUUCGCACAGCAGUGUAUGUCAACGUAGCACAACUUCGUCAAAGCAUCUCAGAAUCUCCCCCAUCAGAUCCCUCACCCUGCUCUCCUUCCGACCUAAAACAGGAAGGAUGGGAGAUUCAUGUUGACCAAGAAAGUGGACAGGAAUACUACUACCACCCCGACACGGGUCGCACCACCUGGGACAACCCCUUUUUAGACUCCCCUAAGAACCCUGAGUGGCUCCCUCCGGAGGUAACUUGCUCUCCAUCACCUUCUCCAUCUGGGUGGGACUCAGACUGGGAGCAGCUGGUGGAUGAGACCACUGGUCAGCCUUACUUCUACAACCACAUGUCCGGGAAGACGUCCUGGGACCCUCCUGAACAGAAGAGCCCUUACUCGUCUCCGAUGGAGCCCAUGAGCGUGCACAGGUUUCAAGAUAAUGGACCGCCUCCGUUACCUGUGGAGGACUACCCAUCGGAGGAUUACCGCUGUGCAGACAAAGCAGAGUUUUACGAGGAUGUCCAAAAUGCGGGACCCCCCACCCACCCAAAGGAGUACGCCCUCAGUCAUGUGAGUCGGACCAUUAUUCCCCGGGCGAACCUGGAUCGCAGUACCCCGCCUGGUUGGAACCUUACUGUGGAACCCAAUGGAACAUGGGUUUUCACCAGUGCAAACUCUCCAGAUCAGUGGAUCAAGUCUGUGGAUGAUCAGGGGCAGACCUAUUACUACCUGAGAGAUGGCUCCAAGUCCGAGUGGACUCUACCUGAGGCCCUUGCAGCUCCAUCCCACUACAAUGUGCAGAAUGGUGAUGAGAAUGAAAAUGUGCCCAUCAUCAAAAACUGGAGAGACUCGAGGGUACCUUCUCAAUUCUGCACUGCCCAGGAAGAUGGGAGGUUCAUCCAGACUCAUCUGAGGAACCCAUCAGACCACAGCAGCAAUAGCUCCAGUACAGGAAACUCUCCAGAGCAUAACGCUGUUGGGUUUAGACCCUGGAGAAAUCCUUAUUAUUUGACCUCAAAGUGGCUUCGCUACAACGUACAGAAUUUGGAUAAAGCUGGAAUUCUCAACAAAACGAAAGUGUGUGAGAAUGGAAAGAAAGUAAGGAAAAACUGGGUUCCAACAUGGACGGUUCUCCAUGGAGGAGUUCUGACGUUCCACAAAGACCCCAAAUCCUCACCAGGCACCGUGAACAAGACCAAUCAGAUUGUUCCAGAGUUCACGGUGGAUUUGAAGGGCGCUACGAUAUGCUGGGCCACAAAGGACAAAUCCAGUAAAAAGCAUGUUUUAGAGCUCAAAGGGAAGAAUGGUGUGGAGUUUCUUGUACAGUACGAUACAGAAAGCAUCAUCACUGACUGGUACAACAUUUUAUUGGACACCAUUCGUCAGCUCGACUACCAGGACCACCAGGCUGAGGAAGAGGAUUCAGACCUGUAUGAGAAAAUUGGGAUUGCAGAACGAGACGACAAGCCCGGAGGUUGUGUAGAGAAGCAAAAACCUCAAAGGCCAAGCGUGUCACAGUUGCCCAGCUCAGCAGGGGAAACAGACCCGAAGAAGGUUCGGACCAAGCUGAUGAAGUUCCUCAUGAAGCGCCCAACGCUGCAGUCAGUCAAAGAAAAAGGAUACAUCCGAGACAAUGUGUUUGGUUGUGAUCUGGCCACACUGUGUGCUCAGGAGAGAACCACAGUUCCCAGUUUUGUGGAGAAAUGUAUUAAAGCAGUAGAGAGAAGAGGCUUAGACAUUGAUGGGCUGUACAGAGUUAGUGGGAACCUUGCAGUCAUACAGAAGCUUCGCUUCAAGGCAGAUCAUGAGGAACUGGACCUGGAAGAUGGUCAGUGGGAAGACGUUCAUGUCAUCACUGGAGCACUGAAAUUAUUUUUCCGAGAGCUUCCUGAGCCUCUCUUUCCAUACAGCCACUUUAAUGACUUCAUCUCAGCCAUAAGAAUAUCUGAUUACAGCACAAAACUGUCUCACAUUUAUGAACUGGUCAAAUCACUUCCUCCUGCAAACCAUGACACUAUGAAGCGACUUUUUGGACAUUUACACAGGGUAAUCCAGUGUGGGGGGGAUAAUCGCAUGACCGUACAGAACGUUGCCAUUGUGUUCGGCCCAACGCUGCUUCGGCCGGAGACUGAAACAGCGAACAUCACCAUGCACAUGGUCUUCCAGAACCAGAUCGUGGAGUUCAUCCUGAAUGAAUACAGCUGUAUCUUCCACUGUAGCUAAAGCUGGACAAACGUGUAUUAAGAGCUUGACCCCUUUUCUUUUAAGGUUUCCCUUUGCAUGCACAUCAGCAGCUUCAAUGCCACAUGUAAAAUUAAAUAACAAUAUGUUUUCUGGAUUAAAUUAAAGGUCCUAUUGGAAAUAACCUGCCAUGAAAUGGGAUUUUCAGCUGUCUUUGCUCUGUAUGUUUUUCACCUGAGGUCACUCGCACUGUCAAACUGUCUGUGCUAGUAUUGUAGGAAUGUGUCUGAACUGCACAGAUUUGACUUUUCUUCAAAGAAAGAAGCACUGUAUCAAACUGCUUUCUCUCUUUGAGACUCUAAAUUGUCUAAACCUCACAAGCCACUUUCUCCUGUUUAGACUCUUGCUUUUUUGUUUUAGUUUAAGCCACAAUGUUAAAAUGAGGCAGAUUUAACCUGGGAAGCAUUAAUGCUGUCUUAAAUUAGCUUUCAUCUUUAUUUUAAAAGAUUUGACAUCUUUCUAACAUUUGUUUUGGAUUUGAUGCUUCAAUAUCUCAAUUAUGGCAAUAGCUGAUAUUGUAUUCUAUUUUCCAUUUUGCUCACCUUUGCCCUUGAAUUUAUUGUAAUAUAGAAAUGUAUUAAUACUGAAAUUGUUGCCAAUACAUUGGGCUGAAGUAGAAAAUGAAAUAGAUGUAGAUUAUAAGACUGUAAGAGUAUUUUUCAGUUAUGCUGUACUUAAAGAGAUUGUAAGAUAACGACACAUUAAGAUGAAAUCGUGAUUUAUUGACAUUUUGAAAUAAACUUAAUCUAACCGUAAAACAGAAAAUGAAAACUAGCAUCACUGUAUGUCCUGUAAAUAGUAAUAAAUUGCAUAUUUAUGCUGCACAUUGGUGGAAAAAGCAAGUUCUUUCUAUAAUAAAUUAACUUUUAAAAUAAAA